AUAAUUAUAAUAGAAUUUAAAAAGGAUUUAAAUACUGUAUAAAGAAUGCUAAUUAUUGUUUGCUGAUAUCACAACAUGUAUAUUGAAUUACAAAGCCAUAUAUAAAAUACAGAGGAACUUGAUCCAAUUGAAUAGUUUUAAUAAGUGGAUAUUCACAUUUUGUUUAAUAUUUUAAACGAAUGAAAAUAAUUUUCUUGUGAUUAUAAAAAAAUGUUAAUUAAACUUUUAGUAAUUGCCUUUGCAUUUGCGAUUGAUGUCGAAUCAUAUGUUAUUGAAAAAAGAUACAAUAUUUGUAACACUGAAGAAUGUAAAAAUAUGGGUAUCAAAUUUAAUCAUCAACAGUAUGAAUAAAAGUGCAGAUCCAUGCAAUGAUUUUUAUAAUUAUGCUUGUGGCUCAUGGCCUAUAAAUUAUCCUGUUCCUGAAGGAAAAUUGAUGUGGAAUCUCGGUGGAAAUAUUACGAAUUAUAUUGAAGCUUCACUGAUAAAAAUUUUGCAAGAAGAAUCAAAAUCCGAAGACAAUAUUCCAUUGUCUAUAGAAAAGAAAUUGUUUAAAGCCUGUAUGGACGAAGAUAGAAUUGAGCAGAAAGGAUUGGAAGGAUUGUCGAAAAUUAUAGAAAGUUUGGGUGGUUGGCCAUUGGUUAUGAGUCACGAAAAAUGGAAUGAAAAAGAUUUUCCUUGGCAGAAAGUUGCAAAAGGAUAUAUGGAAUACAGUACUGCAAUUCCUUUAUUUACCAUUGGUAUUUCGCCAGAUUCACAAAAUUCCAGUAUUACACUUAUAAGUUUGCAAGAGCCAAAAAACUCGUUUCUUAACAAACAAAUUAUUGACGACCUAUUAAAAUCAUUAGAUACGGCUAAUAAUGUAAACAAAUUUUCCGAAUUAAAUGCCAUGGAAUUUAUUUUUCGUUUGCCAUUGUUUUAUGCAAACUAUAUAAAAUAUAAUAUUGAUGAUUCAAUAUUUGUUAAAAAAAUUUCAAAAAUGAUACACUUUUUAAAUGGUUUGAAAUUGAUAAAAUCACCUUUAAGCAAUUAUGGUGAAAAUCAAGCAGAACAAAAAAUGACUAUUAGUGAAUUCCAAAAAUAUUACAAUCGAAAUAAAUCUCAAAAAAGUACGACAAAGAUAGACUGGCUUGAAAUUGUACGAACAUUAAUGAAAAACACAAAUAUUAAUAUUGACGAAAAUGAACAAAUUGUAAUUGGUGACAAAUUAUAUUUUGAUAAAUUAUUUGUCCUUUUAGAUGUAACGUCUCAUGAAACGAUUGUUAAUUACUUACACUGGCAUUUUUCGCUAACCACUCUCGCUUAUUUAAAUAAUGAAGGAAGGCAAUUAAUGGCGGAAUACAGAAAAAUUACAACUGGAAUUACACCAAAAAAAGAAGAAAGAUCCGUAGAAUGUGUAACACAACAAAUUUUGAAUCAUGGUGUUAUAAACGAGUAUUUAAAGAGAAAUUUUCCUAAAAAUAUUUCUGUGCCUAUUAGAAAUAUAGCUGAAGAUAUUCGAAAAGAGAUGGAUAAUGUUAUAUUACAAACAAGUUGGAUGGACAGAAAAACAAAAUUAUUAGCUAAAGAAAAAUUGAAAGCUAUGAAAGUUAAAACAGGAUAUCCUGAAUAUUAUGAUGAUGAAAAAAAGUUUAAUGAAAUCUAUGACGGUUUUGAAAUUAGUGAGGAUCAUUUUGAGAAUUUUAUGAGAAUUCUUGAAUUUAUAAAACUAGAAUCGUUAAAGAAAUUAAGAGAACCAUUCAAAAAAGAUGUAUGGUUUAUGUCACCUCUGACGGUUAAUGCUUAUUACUUUCCUGCUGGCAAUAGUUUAACUAUUCCAGCAGCACAAUUAUCAAUUCCCGUUUAUAGCACAAAUUGGGGUCUAAUGUCCGCUAAUUAUGGUUCUGUUGGAUUUAUUGUUGGGCACGAAAUGUCUCAUGGAUUUGAUAUGCUAGGAUAUAAGUAUGACAAGAAUGGAAAUGUUAUUCCAUGGUGGUCUGAUAAAGUUGUGACUGAUUUCAAAACAAAGGCUGAUUGUUUUAUAAAACAAUAUGAUAAUUAUGGGGUAAAUGGAAAAUUGACACAAUCUGAAAAUAUUGCUGAUAGCUCAGGACUAAAUGCUGCUUAUUCAGCGUUCAUCAAGAAAGCAAAUAAAAUCAGAGAAUUUAAAUUACCUAAUUUGGAAAAUAUUACACGGAAACAAUUAUUUUUCCUGAAUUUUGCCAAUACUUUUUGUCAUAGUACAACAGAUUUUUUUGAAAGAACUGUCGAAAAAGAUGUACACACAAAAAUCUCUCUAAGAAUAAAUGGCGCCGUUGCUAAUGUGAAAGGAUUUGCUGAAGCUUUUCAAUGUUCGAAAGAAAGUCAUUUGAAUCCUAGGGAAAGAUGUAUUAUUUGGGAAUAGUUUGAAAAUAAUAACAUAUUUAAAUAAAUAAUAUAUAAUUUUUACUAUUUGUUAUAAAUUAUAAUUAUUUUCAAUUUUCUUCCGGGAGUUGGUUUAUUAUUGUAUAUUAUUUAAUAAUUAUAUGAAUUUAAAUGUUAAUAAAAAUCAUAAAUUGAAAA